AUGAAGGACCGGACGCAGGAGCUGCGCACGGCCAAGGACAGUGAUGACGAUGAUGAAGUUGCUGUUGGAGUGGAUCGGGACCGCUUCAUGGACCAUUUUUUUGAACAAGUGGAAGAGAUCCGGGGGUACAUCGACAAGAUUGCCGAGAACGUCGAAGAGGUGAAGCGAAAGCACAGCGCCAUCCUGGCAGCCCCCAAUCCUGAUGAGAAAACCAAAGAAGAGUUGGAGGAGUUAAUGUCCGAUAUAAAAAAGACAGCUAACAAAGUCCGCUCCAAACUCAAGAGUAUUGAACAGAAUAUUGAACAGGAGGAAGGACUGAAUCGAUCGGCCGCCAACUUGAGAAUAAGGAAGACUCAACAUUCCACUCUAUCGCGGAAGUUUGUGGAAGUCAUGUCAGAGUACAAUGCAACCCAGUCGGACUAUCGGGAACGCUGCAAGGGACGGAUCCAGAGGCAGCUGGAAAUCACUGGCCGAACCACCACCAGCGAAGAACUGGAGGACAUGCUCGAGAGCGGGAACCCGGCUAUUUUCUCCUCUGGGAUCAUCAUGGACUCCAACAUCACGAAGCAGGCUUUGAAUGAGAUCGAGACGCGGCACAGCGAGAUCAUUAAGCUGGAGACCAGCAUCCGGGAGCUCCACGACAUGUUCAUGGAUAUGGCUAUGCUGGUGGAAAGCCAGGGUGAGAUGAUUGACCGCAUCGAAUACAACGUGGAGCACGCGGUGGACUACGUGGAGCGGGCCGUGUCCGAUACCAAAAAAGCUGUCAAGUAUCAGAGCAAAGCCAGGCGGAAGAAGAUCAUGAUCAUUGUCUGCUGCGUCGUGCUGGGGAUUGUCAUUGCCUCCACCUUUGGCGGGAUUUUUGGCUAG